AUGAGUCAGCAGCAGCAGGAGUAUGAAGAGGAGCCGAUUAUGGAGGAGGAGGAUGGAAACACCACCACCGUCCAGUUCAUCGCCGUCGCUCCGGAAGAGCACGAAAGAAUGGUCCGAGAAGGAGAACUGCCAGAGACGAUCCAGGGAGCGGACGUUCAAAUGACUAUAGGCGGAACUGAGGCACGGCCAGUGCGGCUAAUCGCGGUGGACAGCAACGGCAUCCCGGUGACGGAUCCGACGAUUCUGCAAGCAGCCGCCGAGCAGGCCGGAAUCAUGUUCGUUUCAAAAGACGAAAACGACCACGAAAAUCAAAUUUCCAUCGACGAAGCCAUGCAGCUGCGAAACGAGGAAAACCAACAGGUGCCUGGCUACGGGGAUCAGCAGCCCGCGGAUCCGUACGACUACCAGGCUGAGCCGGAGUAUCACGACGCAGAUAAGGGCGUCCCUCUGCGAAAUUACACCAACCAAGACGUUGUCUACGAAGAGACGACGGAUAAUGGAGGAAUUAAGCAGCAAGAAAAUAUUUAUGACUACCAAGACGUGCCGAUCCAGAACGAGCCCAAGAUCGAAAAUCACUACAAAAAGUCGCAGCAAACUACGCAAAGGACGAAGUAUCCUGGAACGAUUCAGGUCGGCGCCAACGGCGAAAAACGCAAAAUCUACCAGUGCUCAGAAUGCGCCUUCUAUUCCCACAGACAUUCCAAUUUGAUACGCCACAUGAAGAUACACACCGAUGAAAGACCCUACAAAUGGGUCAAGCCUUACAAGUGCCCAGAGGCGAACUGCGAGAUGGCCUUUGUAACAUCUGGUGAAUUGACGAGACACAGGCGGUACAAACACACCCACGAAAAACCGUUUAAAUGCACUUUGUGCGAAUACGCUUCUGUCGAAAUUUCAAAACUUCGUCGCCAUUUUAGAUCUCACACGGGCGAGCGGCCUUUUAGCUGCGACAUCUGCGGCAAAGCGUUUGCAGACAGCUUCCAUCUCAAGCGACACAAGUUCUCGCACACGGGCGAAAAGCCUUACGAGUGUCCGCACUGCAAGGCGAGAUUUACACAGCACGGCAGUCUGAAAAUGCACGUCAUGCAGCAGCACACGAAGACCGCUCCAAAGUUCGAAUGCGAAAUUUGCCACACGAUGUUGGGGCGAAAGUCCGACUUGAAUGUUCACUUGCGCAAACAACAUUCAUAUCAAGAGAUUCCCAUGCAAUGUCGCUACUGCGAAGAGGUCUUCCACGACAGAUGGUCGCUCAUGCAGCAUCAAAAGACGCACCGCUCCGGUCGCUACAGAAUCGACGAGGACGGAAACCAAAUCUUCGAUCCAGAUUACGACUCCGAAAUGGACGACAUGGAAAGCAGUCAUUCCCAGGGCGGUCUAGUCUACACGGAGGACGGUCACGUGAUCGGGCAGAACGGUUCGCCGGUAAUGGUCCAGCGCGUGCAACACCUGGACGGGCAGCAAGGAGUGCCCAUUGAAGAGCAUCAAGGGCAAAUGGCGGAGCACGAAAUGCACCAAGUCGACCCGCACCAAAUGGAGCAGCACCCCGGCCAGCACCAAGAGCAGCAGCAAAUGCACCACCACCAACAGCGGCAAGUGCAUCCAGGCGAUGCAAAGUCCGAACGCUUUGAGCAAGAGCAACAGCAUGAUCCCUUUGCUUUUGACGACGACCAAAAUAUGGGCAAUGGAGAAUACAUGCACGCUCCUCAAAUGGGCCAGUCGAUGGCGCAACCGGUGGAAUGA